AUGUCUGACAGUCAAGGUUCGAAUGAUUCGGGCAACAGUUCAUCUGACGGCAGCUUCGAUAGCCUGCCACCAUUCGUUGCUCGCUUUUGGAUUCUUCUUCCACCCGAAAUUGCAUCUACAUUAUGCACAUUCAUUGUUCUCUUUUAUAUUUUUACUAAUCGAAAAGCACGUUCAAGCAUAAAGAAUCAUGUGCUCGUCAUUUUGCUUCUUCUUGGUUUGGCUAUUCAAUUAAUUGAUGUACCUUUCUAUCUCAACUACAUUGUACAUUCUACUGUUGUUCCAACACAUCCAUCAACUUGUCUAAUUUGUGAAGUUUUUUUUCCUGGUGCUCCUCAUUCGGUUUAUUUUUCUGGUUUAUCAAGAUUUAGCCUUGCUCCUGAUAUUGUGAUCUCAAUUAUUAUUAAAAUUUCGUUUAUGGUGAUAACUCGUACACGUUACAAAGACCUUUUUCAACAAGAAGCUCAACGAUUAUCCGAUAUUGAUUUUGAUCAAAUUCAUUGUUUAGAAAUUUAUAUUAAUUCUAUUGUUCAUCAUCCUGUUUUUGUAUCAAAUAUGGAGGAACAAUUUAUGAACACGUUAGCUAAAGAACAGAUUAGAACACUUGUUAAAUUUAGUGGUGUUCCUCAUGAAGAUGUUGUUAAAUGGUUAAAUGAUGUUGAAAUUGUAUUCGAUCGAGCACAACUACAAAGUUCGAAUAAAUAUUUAGCCAUUCAAUCAUAUUUAACUGAAGCAGCAGAAAAAUGGUUUCGAUAUAACAAAUCUACUAUUUCGGACUGGUGUACAUUUAAACUUGAGCUUGUUAAAGCUUAUCAACCAUCACUCAAUCAAAUAUUGUUAAAAAUGGAACAACGACGACAAUCACCACAGGAAUCCGUACUUGAAUAUUAUGUUGAUAAACUUCAAUUAUGUUUACAAGCUGAUCCAAGUAUGAGCUCUGCAAUUAUUAUUCAUCAUUUAACAAAAGGUUUAAAUAGUUCAUUAAUUCCACAUGUAAUUCGUCGUCAUCCUGCUACUCCUUCUGAAUUUCUCAUGGUUGCUCAAGAUGAAGAAAAAAUUCAGCUUACAUUAAAUGGUUUAGCAUAUGGUUCAACACACCCACAAAAUAUCGAUUUAAAUGAUGGUGAUACUGUUGAUGAAACAGUUACACUUGUACAACGACCCACUAAAAUGCAUUCAAGUACCUCAAAUACUCAUCACCAUCAAAUGCAAUCACCACCUCUUAUGCAGUCAACAUCUGCUUCACAACAAUCAUCGUCUUCACAUCGUCCGUACUAUUCUCAAUAUCCAUUUACAUCAAUCGAUUCUCGUCAAUGUUAUCAAUGUUAUCGAUUCGGACAUAUUGCCAAAAAUUUGGAUACAGGCGCUGCUAUAUCACUUAUACAUGAAGAUGCAUUAAAACUAAUGCAGCAUAGUCCAAUAGUUCCCGGUUCUUUAAAUGAAGUCCACACAGCUAAUAGUGGAUUUAUAUCACUUAUUGGAUUAGUACGCCUUAAUGUUAAAAUUAAUCAUAUUAAUACCAAGGUUGAUACAUAUGUUACUAGUGAUUUAAUUUGCUCAAUGAUAUUAGGAAGAGAUUGGAUUGAACAGAAUCGUGUUACUAUUAGUUUCUCCACUAAUCUUAUUUAUAUUCAUGGUGAUGUUACUUCUGUUCCGUUACUACCUAUUCCACGUCAUGAGCCCUUAACUAUGCUUCUACAACGUUCUAUUAUUAUUCCACCAUUUCAUGAAAAAUUUGUUUGCGGGUAUGUACCAAUUAAAUCAUCAAAUGAUGUUAUUUUUGCACCGAAUUUAGCAUUACAGCAUAGUAAACUCGUUCUCAUUCCGCAUGCUGUUCUUCAUAUUCGUAAUUAUCAUGGUAUUAUCUCAAUCACGAACAAUACAAAGCGUGAAAAGAUUAUUCCAAGAAAUACUUCACUUGGACUUAUUUCACAAUCAACCGAACAAUUUAACAUCAAUACUAUUCACGAACAGACAUUGAACUAUCGUAGUUUUUCCUCUAUUCAUCCCCCUUUAUUUUCAUGUACUCAUUGUGAUAUUCGUUUUUGUAAUGAAACUGAACUUUAUCAACACCUCAUCAUUUGUUGUAAUAAACAUUUAAUAUGCAAAAAUAAAAUCAUUGAAACAUUAGUUGAACAUAUAAAAAAUUCUACCCAACGUAUGAAAGCUUAUUUAAUACUUCACCAAUAUGAACACCUUUUCGAUGAUUCAUGUAUCCAAGGAAUUAAUUGUCCACCUCAAUGUGCUAUUGAUACUGGUGGUCAUCCUCCUCUAGCUACACAUCCCCGUCGUAUAUCACCCACCAACAGACAAAUUAUCAAUGAUGAAGUUAAAAAAAUGUUAGAUAAUGGGAUCAUUAGUCCUUCUAACUCACCUUGGGCUUCCCCAGUUGUUAUUGUUAAGAAACGAGAUGGAUCUCCCCGAUUUUGUAUUGAUUAUAGGAAUCUCAAUUCUAUCACCAAAAAAGAUGUUUAUCCAUUACCACGUAUUGAUGACGUUAUUGAACGUUUAAAUGGUUCCGAAAUUUUUUCAAAACUUGAUUUACGUAGUGGAUAUUUUCAAGUACCAUUAGCUAUUGAAGAACGUAAUAAAACUGCAUUUAUUACUCAUGAUGGGUUAUGGCAUUUUAAUCGUUUGCCACAAGGUUUAAAAAAUUCUCCAUCAGUCUUUCAAAGAUUAAUGAAUCAAACACUUGCAUCAUUACGUUGGGAUGUAUGUCUUGCCUACUUAGACGAUAUUGUUGUUUAUUCGCGUUCUUUUAAGCAACACCUGAUGGAUAUUGAAAAAGUCUGUCGGGUACUACAUAUGUCAAACUUUAAGUUAAAUUACAAAAAAUGUUCAUUUUUUCAACAUGAAAUUUCUUUCUUGGGACAUAAGAUUAGUGCCGUUGGUUGUUCUCCUAACGAUGAUAAUAUUCGUGCUAUUUCACAAUUUCCAGUACCUAAAUCAAGUAAAGCUGUCCAUUCGUUUUUACAAAUGGUUGGUUUUUAUAGGAAAUUUAUCUCUCAGUUUGCCCAAAUUUCAGCUUCACUCAACAAAUUUACUCGAAAAGGUUUUCCCUUUAUUUGGACCGAAACAGAACAAGCAUCUUUUAACCAACUAAAAGAUGCAAUUACAUCUCCAACAGUACUUGUAUUACCUGACCCCUCGCAACCCUAUAUAAUUCGAACAGAUGCAUCGCAUGUUGGUAUUGGCGCAGUCCUUUUACAGAAACAAAUUAGUGACGUUAACGAUGCAUCAACUACUUUUAUCUAUAAACCAGUUGCGUUCGCUUCACGAAGUUUAAAACCUGCUGAAAAACGUUAUUCCACUAUUGAAUUAGAAGCACUAGCCAUAUGGUGGAGUGUUACUCAAAAAUUUCGUACUUAUGUUGAAGGGCAACAGUUCACUCUUGAGACGGAUCACAAACCGUUGCUUUCAUUAAUGAAGAAACCAUAUCAUAAUACUCGUAUUGAACGUUGGAUGACAACAUUACAAGAAUAUGAUAUGAUCGUUCAGCAUAUCUCUGGAAAAGAUAAUACUAUUGCCGAUGCUUUGUCUCGUUAUCCAGUUGAUAAACUGGAUACUAAUUGUUAUGAUGCCCCGAAUUUCGUGAACUCUUCAACUCAAACUGAAAAUGUUCUGAUCAAUGUCGUCACCACACGUUCAAUGAAAAAAAAACACCUCUCUUCCUCUGAUCAUCCAAUUCAACAAGCAACAAAACCAUCCAUAUCUACUACACCGACAACACCAACCAAAACCACAUCAUCAGCUUCAUCAGAAAAAACAGUACCCGUAUUUUUCGAUAAUGAUACAUUAAAUCAACAUCAGAAUCAAGAUUCUCAUAUACAACUAAUUAAAAAUACCCGUCCGUUACCUUCUAAUUAUGCUAUGGAUGAUCAUAACGUUCUUCAUAAAAUUGUUAAUCGUAAAUUUGGUCGACGGAUUAACCUUCGUUAUGUUCCUGCUUCUUUAAUUCGCGAUGUUCUAUUAGCCUAUCAUAACUCAACAUUUAAUGGUGCUCAUUUUGGUAUUAAACGAACUUUUUAUAAAAUCCGUGAUCGCUUUUAUUGGCCGAACAUGUACAAAGAUAUUGAACAACACAUAUUAUCAUGUCUUAAUUGUCGGAAAAAUAAACCUUCUCGUCGUAAACCGGAUGGACACUUACAAUCGAUUGAACCUCCCCGUGGUGUGUGGGAACGUCUAGCUAUGGAUUAUGUUGGACCGGUACCUCAAUCUAAGUCUGGUAAGAAAUAUAUUAUCGUUCUUACAGAUCUUUUCUCCAAAUUCGUAGUAACCAAAGCCGUUUAUGAUAAUACUUCAACAACAGCUGCUCGAUUUUUAUUAUAUGAUGUAUUUAUGAUUUAUGGCGUCCCAUUAGAAAUUAUCACAGAUAAUGGUCGCCACUUCACAUCAUCAUUGUACAAAUCCUUACUCAAAUUAGCUGAUUGUUGUCAUAUAAAAACUACGCCGUACAAUCCACAGGCUAACGGUCAAUGUGAACGUCAUAAUGCCACAUUAGUACCUAAUUUAGUUGCACUUUCUAAUAAUUCUCGGUCCAAUUGGGAUGAAAAAUUAUUACCAACGACAUUUAAUUAUAAUGCAACUCAACAUGCUACAACAGGCUAUACACCGUUUGAAUUAAUGUUCGCUCGUAUUCCUCGAUUUAUAGCUGAUCUAACUUCGAGCCCCAUAUUUCCUAUAGACGUUCAACAUUAUCAUGACGCAAUGAAACAAUUUAUUGAACACGCAAAACUUGCAACUAGACACAACAACCUGACACAUCAACAUGUAGCUAAACAACGAUAUGACCGUAAUCGUUCAAAUCCCCAAUAUUUAAUUGGUCAAAACGUUUUAAUCCGUAAUCGUGAUCCGUCUAUCAAUAAAUUCUCCUCCAAAUUUAUUGGUCCAUACAAAAUUAUUGAUAAGCUUAACGACAAAACAUAUAUGGUACAGCAUGCUAACACAGAUCAUCGAGCACAAGUAACGGUACAAGAUCUGAGAUCGAUUAAUUAA